AUGCUUUUCUGGCACAGCCAACCUGACCAUUACUGGCCAAGCACAGGAGAAAUGUAUCCCUGCUCCAGCAGCAACCUAAUCAGGGAGCCUCUGCCAUUGCCAUUCUUGAAGCAGGAGGAGCCCAACAGCAUCUCCACAUCAGCCGAACAGCACUGCCCUUCUUUCCAGUACGUGCUGUGUGCAGCCACCUCCCCAGCUGUUAAGCAGCACGAAGAGACCCUCACGUACCUCAACCAAGGGCAGUCUUAUGAGAUCCGGAUGCUCUGUAACCCCAAAAUGGGAGAGUUUGCAGAAGGUCGCAAGAUGCUGAAGAGCGUGGUCAGGGUGGUAUUUCAUGACCGGAGGCUACAAUAUACGGAGCAUCAGCAGCUGGAAGGGUGGAGGUGGAACCGGCCAGGUGACCGCAUCCUAGACAUUGAUAUCCCAAUGUCCGUCGGCAUUCUUGAACCCCACAUCCACCCUACCUUGCUCAACACUGUGGAAUUCUUGUGGGACCCAACCAAACGGACAUCUGUCUUUGUCCAGGUCCACUGCAUCAGCACUGAAUUCACACUGCGCAAGGGGGGUGGAGAGAAAGGGGUCCCCUUCCGCGUCCAGGUAGAUACGUUCCGGCCCAAUGAGAAGGAUGAACACAUUGAGCAUUUGCACUCAGCCAGCUGCCUGGUGAAAGUCUUCAAGCCAAAAGGAGCUGACCGGAAACAAAAAACAGAUCGGGAGAAGAUUGAAAAACAGUCUCUCCAAGAGCGUGAAAAGUACCAGCCUUCUUAUGAGAACACAGUGCUGACAGAGUGCCCCCCAUGGCCAGAAGCUUCCAGUAACCUACACAGUCCUCCGGCCACCCCUAGCCUCAUCUCUCCACACCCCUUCAAGUUUCAGACUCCUGAAAGGGUCUGUUCCUCCCCCAGCUAUGCUUUGGACAGCUCAUCAGAAAGCACAGCAGAGGCCCUGAGCCCAAGUGCCUCCAUCUUGGAAACUCAACAAUGGCUGCACAAGAACAGGUUCUCCAGUUACUUCCGAGUUUUUGCCAGCUAUACCGGAGCCGACUUGUUAAAGCUCUCCCGCAGUGACCUUGUGCAGAUCUGUGGAACCGCAGAUGGCAUUCGACUCUCCAAUGCUCUAAAAGCCAGGGGUGUGCGUCCACGGCUUAUCCUUUACAUAACCAGGGAAGCAGAAGCAAGUGGGGAUGGCAGCCCCAGUAGACCAGUGCCUGCUAUUUACCAGGAGUUGUAUCUGGAAGAACUCACAGCAACGGAGCUGACCAAUAAACUGGCUGAACUCCUCAGCCUCCCGGCCAAUCAAAUCCAACAGGUUUCCAGACAGGGACCUACAGGAAUUCACAUCCUUGUUAGUGACCAGAUGGUCAGAAAUCUCCCAGAUGAAUCGUGCUUUAUAGCAGCUGUAACAAAAGUGCAGAAUUCAGAAGGCUAUCGUUUAGUUCUAAAAUAGACUGGAAGCUUCUAGAACACCUGCCACUGAACUACAAGA